CGCGCCGCCGCCUCGGCCCCGCGGAAGCCCCGUCGCGCCAUGUCUUCGCCUCCCGAAGGAAAACUAGAGACUAAAGCUGGACACCCGCCCGCCGUGAAAGCUGGUGGAAUGAGAAUUGUGCAGAAGCACCCACAUACUGGAGACACCAAAGAUGAGAAAGACAAGGAUGACCAGGAAUGGGAAAGCCCCAGUCCCCCUAAACCAACUGUGUUCAUCUCUGGGGUCAUUGCCCGGGGUGACAAAGACUUCCCCCCGGCGGCUGCACAGGUGGCUCACCAGAAGCCGCAUGCCUCCAUGGACAAGCAUCCUUCCCCGAGAACCCAGCACAUCCAGCAGCCACGCAAGUGAGCCUGGACCCCACCAGCCUCCCCCGCGGCCCCAGCUCUGCUGCACCUGGCAUUUUCCCGACAGAGAGAACCAGCACUUUCUCCCAAAUCCCACUCUGCUGGGAAAUCUAAGGCAAAAUGAGGUGCUCUGUCCUUUGCCUUAUAUUUCCAUAUUUGAAGCUAGAGACGGCUCCAGCCCAAACCUUGUUUACGGGGAGUCUGGUUGGAUGUCAUUUGAGGAUUAUUGUGCCCCCAGAGGUGCCAUUAGCAGAACUUGCCAAGAUCUGAGGAAAACUGUAGCUUUAGUUCUAUUUCAGCAGUCACCUGACAGCCCUGUCUGUGGUCUUCAAAACAAGAAGGCACAAAUUUGAGAGGAUCAGAUUAAGGUUAAGAGAAAAGCUCAUACAUUGCAUGGUUUUUAGUAUUAGGGCAAUAAAAUCUCAACACCUACAGGUGAGGAAGAAAUAAGGGAAUUCGUCUGGGUGGCCCGUCAGGCCCUUAGAGGCAGGGAACAACAACACCGAAUUUCUCUCCCUUGAGAUGGGGGAUCCUGUGCAGGCUGAUGAGGCACACACUAGAAAAGCCAAAAGCAUACGUCUUAGAGAUAGCCCCUCAAUUCCAGAAGGCAGCAUGCCAAAAAAUGAGGCUGGAGGCAGGUGGCUCCGAGGGAGGCCUUCUGGAAUGGGGUCUCAGCGUGGCAGGCCCAGCAUCGCCUCAGGCCAGACGGGCUCCACCAGGAGUUGAAGCAAGGCUGGCCUUUCAGGAAUCACCUCCUGAGCCACUUCAGAGUUCUGGAAGUGCCCACAGCCCAGGGUCGAAGAAUAGACUUCUAGCUCAUUCUGGAACACGUGAGCCAGAGAGUCAGAAGCUUGGAAAGACUAGUUAAAAAACCUGCCCUUUGUCUCCCUAGGGACAUGGAAUACCACAUUCCAUUUGUGCUAGAAAAACCUAUUCACUGGUGAGUCUAACUGCCCCAAAUGCCUCCCGCCCGUGUGCACAGCUGCCUGGCCCACCGUCACUUGGGCACGUCAGGUGGUCCUCCGAUUUUUAGACGAAUUUCCUGUCUAGAGGUGUCCUAGUCUGCUCACUGGCUGGUAGCAUAGCAUCUCCGAAAGGCAAGAGGGCUCACUUAGACAAAACUCCAGUGCUUGUAGAGGGCCCGACUGUCCUGCUCACCCUCAGCGGAUCUGCUGCAGGUCAGCAACUGUGCCGUGAGCCGUGGGCCAUGGCCAACCAGCAGCCUUUCUGGUACCAUUCUCCAGUUCACGUCUGCCAGCUGGUGAGGGCAGAGGCAGACCUGGUCAGACCCAGCGGCCCCUCCUCCGUGAGGGAGCAUGCCAUGGCCUCACACUUGAAAGGCAGUGUUUGGUUUCCCAUUUCAUCUUCUUAAGGGAAGCCGGUGCAUACACUUCAAGGCCCUGUUGCCACCUAUUUCCUCAUCAGUUGGCAUAUACUGAGGGUGGCUUUUAGAGACCCAGGCUUGGUUGGCAGCACUGCUGUGGAACACCCCAGCAGGCCUUUUGGAGCCAGCACCCAGGAGGGAUGCCACACUCCCACAGCACCAGGUCAGCCCCUGCAGACCCCUGCCCCUGCCGCUGCAGAAAUCCAGAAGCGUCCUUAGUGCUUCUCAGGGUUCAGCGGAAGGGAGGGCUGUUCUUUCCAGAGGUGCGUUUCUUUAUGUACUGUUAGCUGGAUCUGGCAUGCAUCUGUGGGCUUUAGAUCAUUACAUCCAAAUUAUUUGCCUAAAUGAGCUUAUCAAUUGUUAACUUGAAGAAUAUUAAUUGUUUCUAAUAAAGCUCCUGCAUUUCUCUCCA